UCAGGCACCACUCUAGACAGCUCCAGCCGGCUGCAGGGGUCCUUUCCCACGGGGGCCGAGAAGGAUUAGCAGCCAACAUGCCGACUGUCAGUGUCAAAAGGGACCUUCUCUUCCAAGCUUUGGGCAGAACUUACACUGAUGAAGAGUUUGACGAGCUAUGUUUUGAGUUUGGACUGGAGCUGGAUGAGAUCACUUCAGAGAAGGAGAUAAUCAGUCGCGAGCAAGGCGACUCCAAGGCCUCAGGAGCGUCUGAGGUCAUCCUGUACAAGAUCGAUGUGCCAGCUAAUCGCUAUGACUUGCUGUGUCUGGAGGGGCUGGUCCGCGGCCUGCAGGUCUUCAGGAAUAAGAUUGAAGCCCCCCGUUACCGACGUGUCAGUCCAGCCAGCGGAGAGCUUCAGAGGCUGGUCAUCACAAAGGAGACGGAGGCUGUGCGCCCCCAUGCUGUGGCAGCGGUGCUGAGGAACAUCACCUUCACACAGGACCGUUACGACAGCUUCAUCGAGCUGCAAGAGAAACUCCACCAGAACAUCUGCAGGAAGAGGUCCCUGGUGGCCAUCGGGACGCAUGACCUUGACACGAUCUCAGGCCCCUUCACGUACACAGCCAAGCCUCCGGGAGACAUCUGCUUCAAACCUCUGAACCAGACCAAAGAGUACACCGCCACCCAGCUCAUGAGCCUCUACAAGACCGACAGCCACUUGAGGCACUACCUUCACAUCAUCGAAGACAAGCCGGUGUACCCCAUCAUCUAUGACAGCAACGGCAUUGUCCUGUCCAUGCCUCCCAUCAUCAACGGGGACCAUUCAAAAAUCUCCCUCAAGACAAAGAACGUCUUCAUCGAAUGCACGGCCACAGACCUAACCAAGGCAAAGAUUGUAUUGGACAUGAUGGUGACCAUGUUCAGCGGGUACUGUUCACAGCCUUUCACGGUAGAGGAGGCCGAGGUGGUGUAUCCAGACGGCAGGAGCUGCACAUACCCAGAGCUGGCUUACAGGAAAGAGCAGCUGUCCAGUGACUUCAUCAACCGCAAAGUUGGCAUCAGUGAGUCGACUGACCGCAUCGCCCAGCUGCUGACCAGGAUGUGCCUGCGCUCCCAGCCCACAGGCGCCUGCGACAACAUCGAGGUGGAGAUCCCACCCACGCGGCCGGACGUCAUCCACGCCUGUGACAUCAUGGAGGACGCUGCCAUGGCCUACGGUUUCAACAACAUCACCCGCACUACGCCACGUGCCUACACCAUAGCCAACCAGUUUCCCCUGAAUAAGCUGACAGAGCUGUUGAGACAAGACUUGGCUGCUGCUGGAUUCACAGAGGCCCUCAACUUUGCCCUGUGUUCCCAAGAGGAUAUAGCAGACAAGCUGGGGAAGAAGAUCUCUGAAACCAGGGCUGUUCACAUCUCUAACCCCAAGACUGCCGAGUUCCAGGUGGCGCGCACUACUCUGCUGCCAGGCUUGCUGAAAACAGUGGCAGCCAACAGGAAGAUGCCCCUUCCCAUGAAGCUGUUUGAGAUAUCUGAUGUGGUGCUGAAGGAUGAGACCAAAGACGUAGGGGUGAGGAACAGCCGGCGUCUCUGUGCCAUCUACUACAACAAGAGCCCGGGGUUCGAGGUGAUCCACGGCCUGCUGGACCGGACCAUGCAGCUGCUGGAGGUGAAGCCGGGCCAGGGAGACGGCUACCACAUCCAGGCUUCAGAUGAUUGCACCUUUUUCCCUGGCCGCUGCGCUGAGAUCAUUGUGCACGGGAAGAGCGUAGGACGCCUCGGGGUGCUCCACCCAGACGUCAUCAACCGCUUCGAGCUCACCAUGCCCUGCUCCGCCCUGGAGAUCGACAUCGAACCCUUCCUUGGCCACACUGCUGAAAACCUCCUCACACAUGACGUCCCUGUGCAGGAAGUCGCCAAGCACAAGCUCCCCACGCAAGACGAAUCCCCCCUCGCAUCCACAAAGACUGUCUUUGGUGACAUGAGCACACCGGCCGGCCUCAAAUUCCUCAAUGAUUUCCUGGCGGACAAAAGCUACUUGGAGGGUUUUGUGGCAUCGCAGGCCGACACAGCAGUGUUUGAUGCCAUCCCCUCCACCCCCUCACCAACCCUCUGCCACGCCUUGCGCUGGUACAACCACAUCAAGUCCUUCCAGAGGGACAGGGCCUGCCUCCCCUUAGCCAAGAGUCAGUACGUCCACCCAGCUAAUCCCCCGACCCAAGCCAACGCCAACAACGUUGAUGACGACGACAUUGAUCUGUUUGGCUCCGACGACGAGGAAGAGAGUGCCGAGGCAGCCAGGAUCAAGGAGCAGCGCCUCGCCGAGUACGCAGCCAAGAAAGCCAAGAAGCCAGCUCUCAUCGCCAAGUCCUCCAUCCUGCUUGACGUCAAGCCUUGGGAUGAUGAGACGGACAUGGCCAAACUGGAGGAGUGUGUCCGCAGUAUCGGCAUGGACGGGCUGCUGUGGGGGCAGUCCAAGCUGGUCCCAGUGGGCUAUGGCAUCAGAAAGCUGCAGAUAGGGUGUGUGGUGGAGGAUGAUAAAGUGGGCACAGAUCAGUUGGAGGAAGCCAUCACCGCCUUUGAGGAAUAUGUUCAGUCAGUGGAUGUGGCUGCCUUCAAUAAGAUCUGACACACACACACACACACUGCAGUAAAGUCCACCAAAUUACCUGUUGAUUUCUGGUCUUGCUUCUUAAGUUAGGUGAUAUAGAAUGAAAUAUACUAUUAAUGUUCUGAAUAAAAAACUGCCACUACCAUGUCCAUGUAAUACAGAAACCAAAUCUGACGUCCUUGGUGGUUUGUCCUUUGCUACAAGUUCAAAUUUUCACUGUUUCACUGUGAAAUGAGUCUUUCCUAUAUAUAUA